AUGCAAUACGUGAAAAAAAAAUGGAUUUUGGAGCUAAGAGAGUUUACCGACAAAGAGAUCAAACAGUGGCACAAAGGCUUUCUCAAAGAUUGUCCCAAUGGCCUCCUAACAGAACAGGGCUUCAUUAAGAUAUACAAACAGUUCUUCCCUCAAGGCGACCCCACUAAGUUCGCCUCGCUCGUAUUCCGAGUGUUCGAUGAAAACAACGAUGGUUCUAUUGAAUUUGAGGAGUUCAUCCGGGCUCUGUCUAUAACAUCAAGAGGGAACGUCGAUGAAAAGUUACUAUGGGCGUUCAAGUUGUAUGACGUGGACAACGAUGGUUACAUAACACGUGACGAGAUGUACAGUAUAGUGGACGCUAUAUACCAGAUGGUGGGACAGGCACCCGAGGCCGAAGACGAGAACACGCCCGAGAAGAGAGUGGAUAAAAUCUUCUCCCAAAUGGACAAGAACAACGAUGAAAAGCUCACCCUCGAGGAGUUCAAGGAGGGCUCGAAAGCUGACCCUCGAAUCGUCCAAGCACUGUCUCUUGGCGACAACUAAAUGCUCUCCUCCCCUCCCUCCCCUCCCCCAAGUUCAUCCUACUCGAAUGCGAUGCUCAAGGUCAAGCACCGGAGGCCGACGACGAAAACGCGCCGCAGAAGAGAGUCGACCAAAUCUUCUCCCAAAUGGACAAGAAUCACGACGAGAAGCUCACCCUCGAGGAGUUCAAGGAGGGCUCGAAGGCUGACCCCAGGAUCGUCGAGGCCCUUUCUCUCGGGGACAACUGAAGCCUUCGCGUCCUCAUCUGCUCGAUCCUGAACCCCGAUCCUGUUCCACCUGCGGCCCUUGCACACACUUCCUCCUGAUGCUUUAUCUGCGUCGUCUACCUCCUCCUUUACUUGUUCCUCUUCUUCUUCCUUCUCCUCUUCUUCUUCUUCUUCUUCUUUUUCAUAUUCGUCUUCCUUUUCUCCUUCAUCUACCUCUUCCUUUACUUAUUCCUCUUCUCCUUAUGCUACUUCCUCUUCCUCUUCCUCUUCCUCUUCCUCCUCCUCUUCCUCUUCCUCUUCUUCCUCUUCCUCUUCCUCUUCCUCCUCCUCCUCCUCCUCCAUCGUGACACUCACAAGGCGUCUUUCAACGGCGGACCUUCAGGUGGCGAUCUGCUGAGCGAGAAAAAAAGGUCCCCCCCCCCCCAUCGACACUCGCCAACGUCGUCUUCAAAAAAAAGAAAAAUGUUCAACAAAGUCCUUUCGAGAAAAUGGAAACCGUUUAUUUUUUGGUCUUCAUUUGUCGUUUCUCUCUUUUCGUAUCAUUAUUUUCCUUCGUUCUCCUUCGUACUGCACAGCUUGAGCACUUUAACCAUGUAUUGUUAUUACUCUGAACAGCAGUUAAUCAAUACUCAUUGCGAGAUAUGAAGGAAACGUAUAUAUAUAUGUAUAUGUAUAAAUAAUACACGUUUGAUAUGUAAUCCUUUCUUUAGGGAAUGUUGGUUAAUGGAUGUGUUGAUCUGUACCUGUAAUCGUAUGUUAUCUGGUUAAUGCAAGGUAAUGUUCCCACGUUCUCACAUUCUCAACAUUUUAAUCACUUUCUGAAUAUAAUUCUGUAUAAAGCAUAGACGCGUUAACCACUUUUUUUUUCUUUUGAACUAUAAUACCAUAACUCAAAUCAUGUAUAUUCCAAUCUCCAUACUCCUUUUGAAUCACUGUGUACUUUCUGCAUGAAUCAAAAACAUAAUCACUAAUGGUUGUUUAAAGAAAGAAAAAAAAAAAUAAUAAUAAAUUCGAAAAUGAGAUUGAUAAUGGCGAUAGAUUUGAAGAGUCGAUAGCAACCAUUAUUUUAAAGAAGACGUUUUUCCCCCUUGCGGCCUCGAAUGUCAAUGGACACUUGUAUAUCUAGCACGUUCACCAAAUAAUCUUUAUCAUAUAUCUUGGGAGACUUCAUUUGGGAAAAAAAAAAUAAUAAUAAUACAUAGAUCUUGAAACCUACCAAUCUUUAAACUAGAUAGGGAAGAUAGACGAAAUGGAUUUUUUUAGAGUCAGGUCCGAACUCUUUACUCUUAUGAAAAAAAAAAAACGUUGAUAAGGGAGCUGUCGGUGUAAUCGAAUGAUAAUUAGUAUGACAUGACGAUAAUUAAUACUACUAAUUAUGAUGACGACAUGUACGUAAUCUCAAUAAAGUUUUCAAACUUAAUCCAUGGCGAGGUUUCGGACACUCGCCUGGUAGCCAAUCAAAUCAAAGCUUACAUACUGAGAGUGCACCAAUCAGCUCACAGGUUACGUAUCAGUGUAUAGGAUGAAUGGCAUCCGCGUUCAACUGAAAAAAAAAACAAUUCUUGCUCUAAUUCUUAGUGUUAAUGUUCAGAGUUCAGAGCUGGGACCGGCGUCGUGUAGAUAUUAGACAUAUCUGCAGCGGAACAUUCAAAACACUUGCUCAUAACUGCAGGUCAAUGAAGAAAAAAAAAGAUUAAUAAUAAUAAUAAUAAUAAUAAUAAUUAAUAAUAAUAAUAAUAAUUAAUAAUAAUAAUAAUAUAAUAAUAAUAAUAAGUUUGGCUUUGUUUGUACGCUUAGAAAGGUGCAUGAGAGCAGCAUUUUAUCAUCAAAGAAUUUUUGGACAAUAUACCGUUAUAAUCUUUUUAUCACGGGCGUUACUAUUGAUAAACAUAGACAUUUAUGACCAUUUUUGUCACUACUUUUUUUACGUUAUUGUUCAAAGGGAAGCUGAGCGAAGCCAGAACAAAAUGGCGGCGUAUUUUCGGCUUCCUCGUCUGUUUUCCAACACUAACCACUGAUGUUACAAAAUAAAAAAACAAAAAAACAAAAAAAAAUAACAAAAAAAAACUUUGUACCAUGUGUUCAACUUAAAAAAAAAAACCCUCUGGCACUCAAGAUAAGGAUUCGAAUUCUGAUACCCCACUUAACGUAAACGACUUAUUAAGCUCACUGGAACAGGCAUACUCAAACCGCCAGUGACCUUUUCUGGCCUAUCCCUCGGGCAUUGCAUCUUUUAAAACUGAUCCCUUGGGCAUUGUAUCUUUUAAAACUGAUCCCUUGGGCAUUGUAUCUUUUAAAACCGGUCCCUUGGGCACUGCAUCUUUUAAAACCGGUCCCUUAGGCACUGCAUCUUUUAAAAAGUAAUAAUCAUAAUACAAAGUGGAGAGUGAUAAUAAUUACUAAAUAAUGAUACUGAUAAUGUGUGAUUUCAGAAUACGAGCCAACGUGUCAACCAGUUGCUUGAGUGGUGUUCCGGCGUCGUUAAAAAAGAGAGAAAGAGAGAGAAAAAAAAAAACGAAGAAAUAUAAAAUAUGAUGCUAAUUAUAGCAUCUACCUAUAAUUAAAUCAAAGUGUAAUUAAAACUUGUUAUGGAUAUACGAACAAAAGUAAAUAUCGAUCUCAACUCUCGCAAGUUAAAAAAAAAAAAAAAUUCUCUCCUAUCAAAAAA